GAUAGUCGCAUUCGGAACCGUUUCCCCUAAAACCCAUCAAACGUAACCUCAUCUCUCAUUGACAAAAAAACUUCGCACUAAAAUUUCGGGGGUGUUGCUAUUUUUCUUGUGAUUUUUCCCACUUAAAUGGCUCUUGUGCCGGAAAUGAGGAUGCUCCUCGCGUGCCGAGGUACCUUUGGGCAGAUUCGGUACGCAUCCACGGGAGCCAAGGUGAAGGAGUUCCAGGUGUACCGCUGGAAUCCGGAUGAACCCUCCAAGAAGCCCCAUAUGCAAUCCUAUCAGGUGGAUCUCAAGGAAUGCGGCCCAAUGGUGCUGGAUGCACUCAUUAAGAUCAAGAACGAGAUGGAUCCCACCCUCACUUUCCGUCGCUCCUGCCGCGAGGGAAUCUGCGGCUCAUGUGCCAUGAACAUCGGUGGUCUCAAUACACUGGCGUGCAUCAGUAAGAUUGACCGGGACACCAGUAAGCCCGCCAAGAUCUACCCCCUGCCCCAUAUGUAUGUGGUGAAGGAUUUGGUGCCGGACAUGAAUAACUUCUACAAGCAGUACGCCUCUAUUAAGCCCUGGUUGCAGCGCAAUGAUGCUUCGGAGAAGAAAGGAGACGCCCAGUAUUUGCAAUCAGUUGAAGAUCGUGCGAAAUUGGAUGGGCUCUAUGAGUGCAUUAUGUGCGCCUGUUGCUCCACAUCGUGCCCAUCGUACUGGUGGAACAGUGACAAGUACCUUGGACCAGCUGUCCUCAUGCAGGCCUACCGUUGGAUCAUUGAUUCGCGCGACGAGAAAACCGAGGAGCGUCUCGAUCGCCUUCGGGAUCCGUUUAGUGUCUACAGGUGCCACACAAUCAUGAAUUGUAGCCGUACAUGCCCCAAGGGACUCAAUCCCGGACAAUCUAUUGCUGAAGUGAAGAAGCUCAUGGCGGGUGUAGCUAAAAAGGGUGAACCAGGACUUGAGACGAAUGCCCUGCACAAGAAGUAAAUAAAUGGAAAAAAAGGAAACCAGAAAACUUAAACGUGUUUAGAUAGAAAGAUUUGCAAACAAAAUAUAAAUUAUUAUUGAAAAAAAAUAAACACGAAAUGUUAAAAGCAAAAAUUUGUGUUGCAAUAAAAAUAAUUGAAAAAAAUGAUCCAAAAAGAAA